GGGCAGAGGAGGGGCGAGGAAAUUCUGUUGUUUACCCACCGCAGCAGCGGACGACAGAGGCGGCUGCUGCAACCUAGCUGUGUCUUUAAGGUUCAACUGGUACCUGUAUUGUAUUGCAUUGACACACUGUUGAACACAGUCAAGUGAUGGAGGAAUUAUUCAAAUGUCUGACAGUUGAGGCGCAGGAAUUUCAUUACGGAACUUCAGUGCCGGAGGUCAGUGUGAAUGAUAUUUCUCCUCUGGGUUUUUAUCGCUCUUAUGUAUCUUCAAAUCAACCAGUUCUAAUACGCAAUGCCUGCCGUCAUUGGCCUGCGUUUCACAAGUGGAAUAAAGAAUACUUAAGCUCUAAAUUGGGAGGGAAAGAAACAUUUGUUGCGGUUACACCAAAUGGAUAUGCUGAUGCUGUUGCCUUUGAUUUAGUCACAAAAAAAGAGUACUUUGUGAUGCCUGAAGAGAAGAAGAUAAAAUUUUCUGAGUUCAUGGAGGUUCUUCAUAAUCCAACACAAUAUCAUGGCAUUUAUUACUUGCAACGUCAAAAUUCGAACUUAACAGAUGAACUACCAGAGCUACUUGAAGACAUAGAAAAGGACAUACCAUGGGCAACAGAAGCAUUUGGGACUCUACCAGAUGCAGUGAAUUUUUGGAUAGGAGAUAAAAGAGCAGUAACAUCAAUGCACAAAGAUCCAUACGAAAAUGUCUACUGCGUAGUGAAUGGAUAUAAAGACUUCAUAUUACAUCCACCAACUGAUCGUCCAUGGAUCCCAUACAAAAAUUAUCCAACAGCAACCUACAGAGAAGAAUCACCUGGAAUGUUUUCAAUCAAACCGAGUGCACAUGAUCAUGAGUUGCCUAAACAUGAACUGCCUGAUGAUAAAUAUGAGACACAUGAGAUACCAUGGAUCAGUAUAGACCCUUUGGCCCCUGAUUAUGAUAAGUACCCCUCUUAUAAAAAUGCCUCGCCUCUCCAUGUGAGGGUGCAGGCUGGUGAUGCUCUAUUUCUACCAUCGCUUUGGUAUCAUCAUGUGCGCCAGUCUCAUGCAUGCAUAGCUGUCAACUUUUGGUAUGACAUGCAGUAUGAUGUAAAAUACAUUUACCAUAAGUUUUUAGACACGCUUGUUGAAAGGCAAAAUUAUUUUAAAAAAGAAGUGUGAAUAAAAUUGAACCAAGUAUGAAAGAAACUGAAUGUACAUAAAAGAAGGUGACAACAUACUUCCAGACCUUUGGGUUUCCAUGAUAGCAAGCAUACAAAAUCAUUUAAACAUCUUAACAUUCUUGAGCAAUUAUAGACAAGGAUUUA